UCGAGUCGUUGUUGGUCGGAACCAUUUGAGGGUGGGGACGUGUUUGCGGAAGCUGUCAGCUGUGGAACCAUGAGCUUUGAGUGGCCCUGGCAGUACAACUUCCCACCGUUUUUCACGCUACAGCCCAAUGUUGACACGAGACAGAAACAGCUGGCAGCAUGGUGUUCCCUGGCUCUGUCGUACUGCCGGCAUCACAAGCUCUACACCCUGGACAUCAUGGAGGCUCAGGAAAGCCCCGUGUUCAACAACAAGAAGAUAGAACGAAAACUGUCAAUGGAAGCAAUUCAAGUUGUGUUUGAGGAGCUGCGGAAAAAAGGUAACCUCGAAUGGUUGGACAAAAACAAGUCCCGGUGUUUAGUCAUGUGGAGACGACCAGAGGAGUGGGGCAAGUUAAUAUACCAGUGGGUUUCCAGAAAUGGGAUGAACAACUCUGUGUUUACACUUUAUGAGUUGUCCAAUGGUGAUGACACAGACGGUGAAGAGUUUCACGGUCUUGAAGACUGGAUGCUCCUGCGCUCGUUGCAGGCUUUACAAACAGAAGGCAAAGCUGAGCUCAUGACCAUGGAGGACGGAAAGGGCGUCAAAUUCUUCUGAAACGGUGCUGGAAUCACACUCGCUCUGUCUGGGAACCCUCAUACUCUACCUUACAGGCACAUUUUUAAUAUUUAGCCAUUUAUGGCUGCGCAGGGUGCACCUCAGUGCCCAGCCCGGACGAUGCUGGUCCAGUAAAUGUUGCCUUUUGGUUUCGCCCUAAAAUUCUUAGUCUUUUCUUAUUGGAGGGGAAGUGUUUGGGUUAAAGAGCAUUUUAAGAGGCACCAUGUUCGAAGUUUUCACAGGUAACAUUUGUUGCCAUGUAAACAUGCAAUUAAUCUAUCAGGGCACUAGAUACCAUUAUGUUUGAAUGCUUAAGGGGAUUAUCUUUUCCCACCAGCUGUACCUUUACUCUCUUUAUUGUAAAUACAGGAAGUAAAUAUAUACCGGUUUUAUGCCAA